GUAAGAUAAUGACGUGUUUUUACCUUUUAAAUGAAGACUGCUAAUGUUAUAUAACAAGUUUUAAAGAUGGGCCGCUUUAGUGAUGUUUAUUUCUGGAGACAGGUAUUGGUGCUUAUAGGCAGUUGUAUGCUAUCGGUGGGUACUGGUUUCAUGCUGUCGUUCCCAUCGGUCCUGAACCCAAGCAUAUUGUCCCCAAACAGCACUGGAAUACAUGCAACUCAGGACCAGGCUUCUUGGAUAGCUAGCAGCAAUGGUAUUUCGGGCGUUUUUGGAUUUUGCAUGGUACCGUACAUCAUGCAAAUUUACGGUCGAAAAUCCGUUCACAUUGGACUAAACUUUUUUGCUGGUCUCGGUUUCCUAAUAUUUUCACUGGCAAGUAAUGUUCCAUGUUUAUAUGCGGCAAGAAUCAUGCAAGGAGUAUCAAUGUGCGCAGUUUAUAUUUCAACCUUGAUAUUAGGAGAAUACGCACACCCGAAAAGACGAGGUUACUUCGUCACUGUAAAAAAAUUUACGGUUGCAAUUGGUUCACUGAUGUGCCACUCCUUGGGUAUGUUCUGGACCUGGAAACAGAUAGCUGCUUUUGCAACCAUUCCAUACACUUUUGGAGUAUUUUCUACAUUUCUGUGGCCUGAGAGUCCAUCGUUUUUGGCUUUGAUAGAGAAAUAUGAUGAAUGUAAAAAAUCACACAACUGGCUGUUUGGAGACGGUGCAAGGAGUAGGAAAGAAUUAGAAGAUUUAAUAUCAACCCAAAAAGAAGUGAGAAAUCAGAGAAAGAACAAGGAAAACCUGAGGUUUGUGAUCAGAAAAUUGCUAAAAAAAGAAUUCAUGAAACCAUUUUUAAUAGUUUCUUUAUUGACAAUGAUAAUAGACGCGAGUGGAAGAUAUUAUGUGUUUGCAUAUAUAGUCCAAAUCCUAACUGAAGUUACGAAUGAUAAGUCUAUCGCUGCAUAUUUUACAAUAGGCUCCGAUAUAUUAACAUUAGCUGCGUUGAUAAUGUCAUGUUUUGUGAUACGAUGUUGUAAAAGACGGACUUUACUAUUUACUUCUGGUAUAACUUGUGUGAUUUUGAUGUGUCUUACAAGUUUGAUCACAUUUUUGAAAUCUCGUUUUAAUAUAUUAGAUUCUGUGUAUUGGUGGUUCAUUCCUUCAGUUAUUUUAUUGAAUAUUUUCAUCGUUAACGUAGGGAUUAUACCCGCUAGUUUUGCAAUAAUGUGUGAAAUAUUUCCACUGGAACACAAAGGUACAGGUAUAUGUGCAACUGGUAUAGUUUUUACUAUUUUGUUUUCACUUGUCAUGAAAUUUACUCCAUUGAUGAUGGAGAACACAGGAGUUGAAGGUACAUUUGGCAUCUACGCACUUCACGUGGCUGUGGGUUUGUUGAUAUUAUAUUUCAUUUUAAAUGAAACUAAGGAUAAAACGUUACAGGAAAUAGAAAAAGAAAUCAGAGGCAUCAAACAAGCUAAGUUUAAUGAGUAUUAUUUAAAUGAUAAACCAUUGAUCGAAAAGUGAUGCCGAUAUUCUUUACUACCCCACAUCGGAAAAGCCAAAAGGAAGGGUUAUAUCAUUGUAAAUAAAAAUCUAGGAUUA